AAUUACUUUUAACAUUUUCUAUCGUCCAGUGCAUAUACAAAUUUCCCCAAUUGCUCCCAAAUGUUUCUGCAGCUCUUGUUUUCCGAUCGAGGCCCAUACGUUGCAUUUGCUCUUAUGUCAUAUAGCUGGGCCCCUCACAGACCUGGGCUCUAGUUUUCAGGACAGACUGUCAAUAACACGCUAUCAUUCCCUAAAUCUUCCAAAUCAAACACGCACGCACACCUCCACAACCCCUGCCAAAGCGCAUCACGCAGGCGCGGUGUUUACUGGGAAAUGUAGUCUUGAAUUUUAUGAGUUCUCGCGCAGCAUUCUGGGAACGAAUAUCUGCGCUUUCCCCUGCGCAUGCGCAGUCGGCUCUAUUUUCCUGCUUCCACCCUCUGCGGCGUUAAGGGUGCCCGCGGUUCGCACCUCAGGAGCUCUUCGUGUGCCAGGGAGGAGGCAGCCCAGGGACAGGAGUGCCAUCUGGAAGAACAGAGACCUUUGACAGAGACCUCACCAGAGCUUCAGAACAGAUGGAGAAGAACCCAGAAAGCAGGUCCUGUUGCACCAGAAGCAGUUCAUUUUUUUCUCCCAACCAACAAGUAGAACCAGACAGAAGCAGUUCUUAAUCCCCUGACCCAGAGAGAGCCAGACGUGGUGAUGUCGCCACAUCCAGAAACCAUCACAGACUGUGUGACAAUGAACUCUGUGGACCAGCGUGCAAAAGGUGCUCGUCCUUUACAGUUGUCCACACUCUUCCAAGAACAGCAGAAAAUGAACAUAUCUCAGGCAUCAGUGUCAUUUGAGGACGUUACUGUGGAAGUCACCCAGGAGGAGUGGCAACAAAUGGUCCCUGCUCAGAGGAAUCUGUACAGAGAUGUGAUGCUGGAGAACUACAGCCACCUCGUCUCAGUGGGGUACUGUGUUUUCAAACCAGAAGUAAUCUUCAGGUUGGAGCAAGGAGAAGAGCCUUGGUUCUCAGAGGAGGAAUUCCCAAACCAGAGUCACCCAGUUUUAAAAUAUUACAGAGAUGAUGAUCUGAACAAGAAGAACAAGAAAAUCAAAGAAAAACACUUGCAGCAAGUAAUACUCACCAAAAAUAAAACAUUGACUAAAGAGGAAGACGAAAUUUUGGGAAAACCUUUUAAUCUGCAGAUAGCUCCUGUUUCUUCAACAAAAAUAUCCUGCAAAUGUGACUCAUGGGGAGUAAACUUGCGAACUAUUUCGGAAUUUAUCAUUAAUAAUAGAAAGCAUUCAGCAAAGAAACUAGGUUGCCAUAAUGUAUGUGAGAAUUUGCCUUUCAACAUUAAGUUUGAGAAAACUCAGACUGGAGAGAAAUUUUAUGAAUAUAGUAAAAAAAUGAAAGCUCUCAGUUAUAAUGAAAAUCUUCCUGAGCAUCAGAAAUUUCAAACUUUGGAGCAAACUUUUGAAUGUAAUGAAAUUGAAAAAGCCUUUGAUGGUAAGGCCAACUAUGUUAUACAUAAGAAUUCUCACACAGGAGAAAAAUCCUGUAAAGAUGAUGAAUUUAGGAAAAACUGUGAUAAGACAAUUCUUUUUGACCACAGGAGAACUUGCACAGGGGAGAAAUACUCUCAUCUUAACCAAAAUGGGAAAUCCUUUCAGAAGUCAACUCUGAAAGCAUACAAUAAAUUUAACAUACCUGUGACACAUUAUGAAUGUAAUACAAGUGGAAAUAAUUUCAAUGGGAAAUCAUACCUCACUCAUCCUCAGAAAACUGUCACAGGAGAGACUCCAUUGGUAUGUACUGACAGAACAGAAACUGGGAAUAAGUCUUUUGAAUGUCAUGAUAAGAAAUCCUACCAAACAUCAGUCCACAAAGUACGCCAGAGAACUCACUCAGAGGUAAAACCCUAUAAAUGUAAUGAAUGUGGAAAAUCUUUCUGUCAGAAAGGACAUCUCAUUCAACAUCAGAGAACUCACACAGGAGAGAAACCAUUUGAAUGUAAUGAAUGUGGAAAAACUUUCUCCCAGAAGUCACACCUCAGUACACACCAGAGAAUUCACACAGCAGAGAAACCCUAUAAAUGUAAUGAAUGUGGGAAGACAUUUGUCCAGAAGUCAACUCUCAGGGGACAUCAGAGAAUUCACACAGGAGAGAAACCCUAUGAAUGUAGUGAAUGUGGAAAAACUUUUGUUCAGAAGUCAACCCUGAGAGAUCACCAUAGAAUUCAUACAGGGGAGAAAUCCUUUCAAUGUAGUGAAUGUGGAAAAACUUUUGGCCAGAAGUCAAACCUCAGAAUACAUCAGAGAACUCACAGUGGAGAGAAAACUUAUCAAUGCAAUGAAUGUGAAAAAUCUUUCUGGCGAAAAGACCAUCUCAUUCAACAUCAGAAAACCCACACGGGAGAGAAACCAUUUAAAUGUAAUGAAUGUGAGAAAACUUUUGCCCGGACAUCAACCCUCAGAGUGCAUCAGAGAAUUCACACUGGGGAGAAACCAUUUAAAUGUAACGAAUGUGGGAAAAAAUUUGUCCGUAAGGCAAUCCUUAGCGAUCAUCAGAGAAUUCAUACAGGAGAGAAACCCUUUCAAUGUAAUAAAUGUGGGAAAACUUUUGGCCAGAAAUCAAACCUUAGAAUACAUCAGAUAACUCACAGUAGGGAGAAAUGAACGUAAUGAAUAUGGGAAGUUAUAUAAGAAGUCAUCACUAAAUGUAUGUCAGAGAAUUCAGGUAGGGAGGGAAAGCCUUAUUGAUAUAAUAACUGUUGAAAAUCCUCUGACAAAAAGAAUACCCUGUAUAAUAUCAGAGAUACAAGAAAAACCAGCUGAAGGUAGCGUAAGAAGACAGUCCCAGAAAUCAACCCUCACAGUACAUCAGAGAAUUCACAAAAGAGAGAAACCAUAAGAAUAUGACUGUAGGAAAAUUAUUGUCCAAAAGGCAAAGAG